UUUCUUUUCUUUUUCCCCUCACAUGGAUCAGCAUCGUUACUGCUCUCUAGCUUCUUGUCGGAGCCACGCUUUCAUCUCUCGCUAGCUCGAUUGAGUGAGUGAUUCAUGCCUGCCGACGCGCUUUUGGAUCGCAUUUCCUGCCGCUUCACUACCCGGAAGGUGUACAGUUGAAGCCUUGUGAUUUCUGGGUUUUCUUUUACCGCCCAAGUGUGGGACCGUCUUCUUUACUUCCGCAAUUGAGUCCAAAGUGGUGGCCAUGGCUAUGGCUGAAGGGGAGCCUGAGAAGACGAGCAGGGGUACUGUGGGGUUUGCUAUAAUUGAGGAGAAGGAUACUUGUUUGUGGACCAAAUUACCGCGGGAGUUGCAACACAAGGUUUUUAGCUACUUGCCUCUUCGGGAUUUGUUUCAGAUUCGAUGCGUUUGCAGAGAUUGGCGAUACGUAAUUCAUCGCCGUGGCUUUCGCAGCGUGUACGAUGCAAUGCACAGCUCAGAGGACCCCAGUCCUUCAAUUUGUUAUAUAGGAUCUUAUUAUCCGAAUUAUUUACAGUGGUCGACAUAUGACUAUGCUUGCAAAAGGUGGAGGAUUAUGCGGAGUUUCCCUCCUCAAAGUAGAGUUGAGCACGAUCGUGUUGAUUUGAGCGUGUGCUCGGUGAAUGGGCUUCUGUGUUUAAUGCUCUGGAAGCAAAAGGCCAAGGUUCGAAUUCAUUUGCCAUGGCAAGUGUGGAAUCCUCUUACGAACAAGUGGAAGCAACUUCCUUCGUGCAAGCAUAAAACUGUCAAUCGAGGGACUUACUUUGUGCACGCUUUUUCCGAUGACACGACGAAGUCCUAUAAAAUCUUGAUGGCUCAUAAUCCCAAGAAGCAUCUUUACCAAUAUACCGACACCGACACAAGCUUGGUGACGGAGAUUUACGAUUCAGCAACUGAUACCUGGAGAGAAGCCUCACCAUAUAAUCUCCAGCUGCCUCUGAGUCCUCUUAAUCAAGCUCCUAAGAGAGGCGUGCGUUGCGAUGAUGUAAUCUAUUUUGUUACAAGAACGUCAAAUGAGAACAUUCUCUUGUCUUAUGACAUCAAGAAGGAUCAAUGGCAUGAAGAAAUCACUGACGAGGAGUGCAUGGAGAUUUUCGAGUGGGAUGGGCGUGUGAUGACAGCUAUGCCUUUGCUUACUAACGGUUUCUACAUGUACGAAGAUUUUUACCGAAUCUCAAUCUUUGAAAGAAAUUCUGCUACUAAGAGGUGGGUUGAUACUGGAAUUGAAAUUCCUUACAAAAUCAGGAAUAAGUUUGUUGAGGACGAGGAAGGUGUUGAGAUAGCUGCUAGUGGAAAUCAUCUAGCCAUCACUGGUUAUACUAGAGAUGGAAGUUUUAGGAUUGCUAUUUAUAAAAGGGCAGAGAAUUAUUGGAGAUUUCCUCCCACUGGGGCUUUUUCGGAUAAGAUACGUCAGGCAAGGGUAGAAGGAUUGUUUCAAUUUAAGCCAAGGUUAGAAUCGGUUCCUUGAUCUGAGGUCUUGAAUAGUUAAGGAUAGUAUUAACAUUCAUUUGGAUUGAAAUUGCGCACGUUCAAUCCUGGGUUUCAUGCCACAACUCGGCUACUGAAUUUGCAUAAGUUUAAGGUUGAUGUAUGAUCCAGCAAUUUCUCACUCCCAUAGUCUAAUAAUUCAUGGUGAUCGUAACAUAAAUUUUCUCUCCA